AUGGUCAAGGUCACAAACAAUCGUGGUAAUCUUGUCGUGGCACGCGCUUUAUUAGAUUCUUGUUCAAUUGUAAAUUUAAUUACCGAAAAUUUUGCAAAAUCUUUGCGUUUAUCUGAGUUUCCCUGUUCAGUCAGCAUUGGAGCAGUUGAUGGUUUAUGCACUGUUUCACAAAGGUACAUUCAAGCUAGUAUCCACUCUAAAUAUAACAACCAUAUUCAACAAAUUCAACUUCUAAUAGUUCCAAAGAUUGCCGAAGCCGUGCCUAACGACGUUUUUCCACGUGAGUUCUUCGACAUUCCCAAAAACAUAAAACUAGCAGAUCCUCAGUUUCAUUUGCCCAAGUCUAUUGAUGUUUUGCUAUCAUCCGGUGUCACCUUAUCAGUUCUAGCCGUUGGUCAGAUUAAACUCCAACGGGAAAAUUCCGAGAUCAUUUUGCAAAAGACGAGUUUAGGAUGGAUUGUGGCUGGUGAGAACAUUAACCAGUCAUCUUAUAGUUCUACGUCUUGUCACAUGGUUAAGUUAGACAAGCUCAUCGAACGUUUCCGGCUGAUCGAAGAUCUUGAUCAUGAGCCCAAUAAAUCUCGUGAUGAGGUUGCAUGUGAACAACAUUACGUUACUCACACCCAAUGUGAUUCUUCUGGUCGUUACAUCGUUCGUCUUCCAUUCAGAAACUCCAAAUUUGAUUUGGGUAAUUCUAAGUCUCAAGCUCUCAAACGUUUCGAUUCUCUCCAAGCAAAAUUUGCUAAGAAUCCGUCACUGAAGGUUGAGUAUUCCAAGGUGAUGGAUGAGUAUAUUUCUCUGGGUCACAUGACUCUUUGUGAGGUAACCAAGAUGGUUAUUUUCUACCCCAUCAUGCAGUCGUAA